AGAAACUUAUGAUACUCACUGGCUUGACGACUUCCUUGCGAACGAAGUUAGAAGAGGAGUGAACAAGGCAAAGGAUGAAGGGAGGGAAAGGAGUGGAAGAAGUAAGAGGAGUGUGGAUGAUGGUAGAGGGGAUGGAGGGAUGGAUGAAACUUCUCGCAGUUUCUCAUUCACCAACAGCAUGAACAGAUUGCACUCCAUCAUGAAGAUUCCUGAGCUGAUCAAGGCCCAGGGCUACCCCAGCGAGAUCCACAAAGUUGUCACUGCGGACGGCUACAUCCUGGAGCUGCACCGCAUACCGGGACCACGGCAGCUCGAUAAAAUUGUCCUUCCAAGGAGAAAGAAUCAGCAAAACUCGGCGCCUUUUGGGAUCCCAACAUUAAAAUUAUUCCAAAAAUUUUUAGCGGGUUACGGCAAAGGUUUACGCCAGGUUAGCAGCCGCAGUAAAAGAAACUCGGGAACAGACUUGGAAAAAUUAGUAAACUCCACUGAAAUCCUCGUACAAAAUCUAGAAUCAAACGACACCGAAAAAGAGUUGGAAAGCUGGAUGAAAAUGAUGUUCUCGAACUCUAUUUUCGAUUUCGACGAUUCAGUUUCGUUUGAAAGUGACCAACCACCACGACCGAAACGUGAUUUAGACUUAAAUGAAAUCUUAACGCCUUUGAACCUAUUCAAUCCAUUCAGAUCUGUAACAAACACACUCAACCCUCUUUUCAACAAACCUUUUCCCUCUAUCGGAGAACCUUCACAAUUCCAUUUCAAACCUCCAUCAAGACUAGUCAAGAACACAGAGCCCUCAGAACCGAAGCCCGAACCUCUUUUCUUCAAGAACCGGAGUUCUAGCUUGGACUUCUCCCAGCGUCGGGACAUGAGUGUGUCCAAGUUCUUCGGGUCACGGGACGGGGACGCGGGGGCCACGGGGAGGCCCGUGGUGCUGCUGCAUCACGGGUGGCUGUCGUCCUCCGCAAACUUUGUCCUCCACGACGCCCAUCAGGCUUUGGCGUACGUGUUAGCGGACGCAGGCUACGACGUCUGGCUGGCCAACUGGCGCGGCAACUCGUACAGCAGAGGACACGUCCGCCUCAGCCCAGACCACACCGACUACUGGCAGUUCAGCCUGGACGAGGUGAUCCAGUAUGACAUCCCGGCGGUGUUCGCGUACAUCUUGGAGAAGACGCAGCAGAAAGACCUGUACUACGUGGGCCACUCGCUGGGGUGUGUGAUGUUUUGGGGUGCUACCAACCUCUACCCCUACCUCAACGACCAGGUUCGCUUUAUGGUCGCGCUAGCGCCGGCCGGCUUCAUGGACAACGCUGAGGGUCUCAUCAAGAAGAUGGCGCUAUUCAUGGCCAAAACUUGGCACCUGUUCGAGGCAGCGGCAGUUCACGAGUUCCUCGUACCGAACACCAAGCGCACGACCAUAGCGAACACUUUAUGUGGUCCCCAGAAUCCCCUCAUGUUCAUCUGCUACGCCAUCCUUCCCCUCUACCUGGGGGAGGUGCGGGGUUCCCAUGAUCCAUACUACACGGACGUGUUCAUCUCGCACUUCCCCGGCGGGACGUCGUCGGUGCGCAUCCUGGCGCAGCUCGGCCAGUUCGUGGGCUCGGGCGGCAUGCAGCGGUUCGACUACGGCAGAGCAGAGAACCUGCGGCGCUACGGCCGUCCCCGCCCGCCCCACUACUCCUUCAAGACCGUGACCGUGCCCGUGGCCGUUAUAUACUCCGUUGGUGAUACCGUCACUAACUUCAAGGACGUGCGACGAUGCAUCAGGGAGCUACCACACGUCGUCUACCAGCACCAGAUCCCCGACGUGGACUUCACGCACGUCGACUUCUUCUUCUCACAGCACGCCCCGCGCCUCGUCUACGCCCCUGUCAGGAGUUUGCUACGCCGCUUCUCUUGAUAGUAGCUACAACCUAACAAAAUUUAGA